UUCUUUGUAGCUUUUAUCUUGUUCCAGAAUGUCUCCUCAGUCUGAAUGAAGGGUUAAAUUUGCAGUAACUGUGAAUGGUUGACCAAGUUAAGUGCAAUUAGUGACUUUUCAGGAAAAGGUUAAUCUUAUCUGAGUUGAUAAAGACAGGAGUGGAAUUAUAUCUGAUAAUGAACUUCAGCAGGCGUUAUCCAAUGGCACGUGGACUCCAUUUAAUCCAGCAACAGUCAGGUCAAUUCUUGGGAUGUUUGACAGAGAAAACAAAGGUGGUGUGAACUUCAAUGAAUUCACGGGAGUCUGGAAGUACAUCACAGACUGGCAGAACGUCUUUCGAACGUAUGACAGAGACAAUUCUGGAAUGAUUGACAAAAAUGAACUAAAGCAGGCACUAACAGGUUUUGGUUACCGACUGUCUGAUCAAUUCUACGAUAUCCUUAUUCGGAAAUUUGACAGACAAGGAAGAGGACAAGUUGCUUUUGAUGACUUUAUUCAGUGCUGUGUUGUUUUACAGAGGCUGACUGAUGUGUUCCGACGAUACGAUACUGAUCAAGAUGGCUGGAUCCAGGUGUCCUAUGAGCAGUAUCUUUCCAUGGUCUUCAGCAUCGUAUGACACUGAUAACUAGGAAUUGCACACUGGCAUUACACAGACUGGAGUUGCCAAAUCAUCCUGUACUGAAUAUGAUUAUCGAUGUAUUAUAAUGGAUGUAACUUCGCGUUCUUAAAUUUUGUAUGUUGGUCAUCACCUUCAGAAUCUGUACUUGAGUUGGUUUUUAUUUUGUAUUAUUGUACGAUAUGACCAUCUCUGCUUACUGUAGUACAGAAAGCACAGAAUCUAGAUUUAACUGGUGCGAUGUCAAACUUAACCUAUUUCACAUAUCCUGCAUGGGAAAAAUGACUCUUUAGAAAUGCCAAAUUAAAAUAAUGCUUGCUAGUUUAUAAAAGAGUUGGAAGUCAGAAGUUGCACAACAUGUUUUGCAUGUGCCUUACUUUUAUAAGAGUUUAAUGUAUUAAUUUUUAAUACAGAAUUUAAAAUUAAGUAAAAAUAUUAGAUCAA